AUGGAGGGAAAGAAGUACGUGUUGAAAACGGGAUUCCUGAUAGUAUUGUUGGUAGUGUGUCACGUGGCGGAGAGCAAGUGGGUGCCGGUGCCGGUGCCGGUGAUAUCCGGCCCGCUCUGCACGUCGCAGUUCACGCUGGUGAACCACGCCUGCGCGUUCCUGCCGUUCGCGCCGACGCCGCACCACCGUUCCCGGCCGGCGCAGCCGCAGGCUUCAGGCGGCAACGACCACCACCGCCGCCAUCACAACCAGCAGGAGGGCGGUCAUGGGGGCCACGGCCACGGCGUCCACGGGGGCCACGGCGGUCACGGGGGCCACGGGGGCCACGGCGACCACGGGGACCAUGGGGGCCACGGCGGCAACGGGGGCCACGGCCACGGUGACCACGGGGGCCACGGCCACGGCAACCAAGGCGGGCGCGGACGCAGGAGCCGGGAGGGGCGGAACAGGAGGCAGCGCCGCCGCCGCCACCACGAUUCGGCGGUGCAGGAGGACUGCUGCCGGUGGCUCAAGGAAGUCGACGACGAGUGCGUCUGCGAUUUGCUGGUUCACCUGCCGCCGUUCCUGUCCCGCCCGCUCCACAAGUACACCGUCAGGGUCGACGGCACCUGCAGCGUCACGUUCCAGUGCGGUUCCAGAAUCAAAAUAUGA